UGGUAUUUUAUGGAAUGUUCACUCGAUGAUCAAGACAGGCUAAGAUUCAAACUAUCGGAGCCGGUGGUCGUUGUAUAUAAGGACGAGAAUGUGGAAAACAUGGUUAGGAAAACUCUCGGGCAUAUUGCAUGGUUGUUGGAGGAGGUACAGAAGCCAGAUUCAGAUUCACGUGAAGAGAGGGUAAUAAAGAAGCAUAGGUCAUCGAGUAAUCUUGCAGAAAAUGCGAAAUCACAAAUUAUAUCGCAUCCAACCGUGGGAUACGCAAUUCAUGCUUUACCGUCAUCAAUAUCAACCGCAGAUUUACUGCGAGAUCGAAUACGAGGAAUAAAGCGCGUCAAAAAAAAAGCACGUUAUGCGCAUCAAGGUCCUGUAAAACUCGACAAAUCAACUCCCCAUUUUGCAGGCCCUUUAUGGGCGAGUCAAAUCCUAAAUAUUGCGACGCUCCUGAACAUUCAUUUUAUCUGGGUUGG